AUGAACGGUCCCGUGACUGCCACCGCAGGUCACAACUUCGUCGCUCCUCAUCCGCCUUCUCAGGGCGUGUCGCCCAUCCCUUCCGCGCAUCCCGUCGAUCACCUUGCAGCAAACAACUCGAGCGCGCCACGUGCACCCGUCAACGCGUGGGGCUGGCCCUCCGGCUUCAACCAACCUUCUCCCGCAUCGAGCGCAGCUGGUCCAAGUCGUCCAUCUUCGCUCGCUUCUCCCGCUCUCUCCUCGGCCACCAUGUUCACCCCACAGACGCAGCAGAUCAAUCAUCAGCACCAGCACCCGCAAUUCCAGCAACCACAACUGCAGCUCCAGCACUCGCAACACCCGCAGCACCCGCACCUCCAGCAGCAGCAUCAGCAACAGCCUCAGCACCUGCAGCAGCACUUUGGCGCACAGGCUCAGCAGCAUCCUCACUUGCAGCAACAGCAGCAGCAACAGCAACAGCAGCAGCAGCAGCAGCAGCAGCAAGGACAGCAGCAAGCUCCGCAAGCCAAUAACGUCAAAGCUACCGUCUAUCCUCCCCAGCCCUACGGCAAUCCAGCCGCUUUCACAGCUGCCAACCACACUUCCUCACCCAGCAGCGGAGGCAAGCCAAAUACCCCCAAUAACACUCAAUCAGUCAUGAUGAGCAAGAAGCGCACCGCUAGCAAGAGCCCCGACUUCGAGAGCAAGGACAAACGCUCGCGACCCGAAGAUGGCGUCUCGGGGGACAACAAAGCUUCUGAGGUCAAUACUGGCCAGUCUGGCUCCGAUGGUCGCGUCUGGGGUGAAGAGGCCACCAAGCUCGACGUGUACGUCUGGGAUUAUCUCACCCGCAGAGGCUUCAACUCCGCUGCCAAGUCUCUCAUGAGCGAAGCCGGCAUGACAGAGCCGCCAGAGGUACCACUGCGAACACCUCAAGGCCUGCUCUUCGAGUAUUGGGCCAUCUUCUGGGAUGUCUUUGCCGCCCGUUCCGGUCGCGGAGGAACCGAAGCCGCCGCCUACUACGAAUACCAAGAGUCUCGCAACAUGCAGCGGCUCGCGGAAGCCACCCGCAAGACCGAAGCUCUCGAGGCACAGUACCAGCAACCAGAGAAUGGUUCGCGGUUCCCCAACAUCGUUGUUUCUGGAAUGAACGUCGAUCCUAGCGCUGCAGGGACCGUAGCAGGUGCGGUCGGUCCCAAUGGUCGAGCCGCAGCUCCCGUCGCUUGGAAUCCGGCGGCUCUUCCGCCGGCACAGCAGCAGCAGCUGCUCAUCACUGCCGCUCAACGCCAGAACAUCCCAUUGCACGAGAUCAAGAACCUCACUCCCGCCUCGCGAAUGACGCUCAUCAACACGAUGAACCCAAACAACCCGGCCAACGCUCAAGCGGUACGUCCCGGAAUGACCAACCAGCUCAUGGAGCAACAGCUCCAGGCUCGUCUGCAGCAGCAACAGGCGCUUCACCGCAUGAUGCAACAGCAGAGGCAAGGUGUGCCAGGCGCGCCACCACUAGGCAACGCCAUGCAAGUGCGACCUCCGAUGGGUCCUCAGCAGAUGGCCGGUGCCGCCGGGUCGCCCGCCCCUCCCACUCCCGGCGGAGCCGGCAUGGAUGGACGCCGCUCCGUGGGACCGGGCGCCGAGGGAAACCGCCCAGAUCACAUGGGUGGGCCACCCGGCGUCUUGGCCACCGGCAACCCUCAAUUGCAGGGUCAGCCACAACAACCUCCGACUCCGGGUGGAUCGCAGCCGGGUCCACAGAUGCAACAGCCCGGAGGCCCGCCGCAGCCCGGGCAAGGGCCUCAGCAGCAGCAUCCGCAGCUCAACCCGCAACAGCAACAAAUGGUCAUGAACCAGUUUCAGAGUGUCCAAGCCGCCAUGCGCGAAGAAUGGAUGAAGGCUCAGAACGCGCCCAACCAGACUACCGCCGCCGACUUCUACGCCAACGUUCAAGCUUACCAGGCCAAGGCACAGGGCCUUCAGAACCUUCUGCGGGCCCAAGCCAACUACCAAGGCGGUGCUGGAGGUGCGACCCCAGGCAACGGCGUGCAGCCGGGCAAUCCAGCUCCACCAGGGCCAUCACCGCAGGCGCGACCUCCUGGUGUGGGUGGGCCCGGCAUGCCAGGCCCUGGCGCAGCGGUCAGCCCUGCUAGCAUGGCUAAUAUGACGCCGCAGCAGCGCGCAGCUCAGAUCGCCAAUGCACAGGCAGCCGCGGGACGCAUCACACCGCUGAUGGCGACCCACGAUCCAGGUCUGAUGGCCAGCAUGAUGGGUCCCAACGGCAACGUGGCGCGUCCCAAUCCGCAACAUCCUCAAGGUGGCCAGGGACAACAGCCGCAGCAGCCGCAGCAACCUGGUCAACCGGGUCCGCCCAACGGAUUCCAGCAGCCGCAACAGCCACAGCAGCAGGGUCCUACGCGACCUCCAUCUGCUCAAGGUGGAGCCGAAGAUCCGCACACAAGCCACUUUUCCUCGGUGCAGAUGGGCUCGCCUGCCAACAUGCAGCGUCCAGGAAUGCAGCGAGCCGCCUCGCAGUUGGGCAACAACUCCGGCGGCAUGGGCCCUCCUGGCACUGCUUCCAUCUCAUCCCCGUCACCGCGCAUCGGUGCGUCCAAUCUGCAGCAGCAAGCUGGCAAUGGCAACGCCAAUGCGGCUCAGGGCCAAGCAGAAUCGCCCGCCGCUUCGAACGUGCCCAACACCCCGAAGCUGGGCUCGGCAGAAAAGGGCAAGAAGGGCAACGCUCGUCAGCGCAAGAACUCGAAAGCAGCAGCCAAGACGCCCGUCAUGACCGCUGCAUCGGUGCCUGGCGCCAACGCCAACGCCUCUGGGCCUGCAGGAGGGGCUGCUGGCAGCAACGGCGCUGCUGGACCGACCACGCCCGCUGCGGCGAACGCCGCGACGCCCGCGAGCGCCAAUGUUGCCACGCCAGGGCGAGAUGGUGUCGGUAAGCCAGACGGUGCCAAUGCAGGUGCGUCCCAGCCUGCCGAUGCAGCUAUGCCACCACCUACAGGCCCAUCUGCCGCCGAGGUCAACUCGUUUGGCAUGAGCAACGGUACCGACAACGGAAGCACGGCGAACGCCGGCCUGAAUGGCAUGGACGGCAGCGCCGGCGCCGGCGCCAGUGGCACGGGCGGAGCGGAAGACUUUAGCUUGUUCGGGUUCGGCGGCUCGAUGAACGACAUUUUCGACUUUGAGCUCUCCACCGACGGCGCAGGUGGCGGCGGUCUUGGUGGCGACGGAUGGGACAGCAACUUUGGCAACCUGUUUGGCUCCGGGACCGGCGGGCAGGAUGGAUCGUGA